UGGGGUAAAUAGUAACCGAGGCCCAACGUGAGGAAGCGACAAAAACGCGUUGAAGAUUGCCAAUCAGAACCAGAAACAGGGCCUCGUUGGCAGAGACUGGUCCGACCCCGGUGAGCGCUUCAACGGCAUUGUUUCCCGGCUAAUUUAGGCAAAACCACACACCCCAACCCCACCCAUAUUCAUAUCAUCUCAUAUCUCUCUCUUUCUCUCUCUAGAUCUCUCUCUCUCUCUCUCUCUCUUCUGACUCGUCAUUUUCCGCCACCCUCCUAUUCUAAUUCUUCGCCAUUCCUUUUUGUUCUUUUUGUCUCCAUUAGGGUUAGGGUUUCUUCGAAUCUCCUUCUUUUUCCUAGUUCUUUCAUUUCUUUUCUUUUCUUGAUCUGGACUAGUCUCAUUCUACGCAUUUUUAAUUUGAGAAACAGGAAUUCUUAAGAGAGAGAGAGAGAGAGAGAGAGAACGAAUACACGUUGGUUAAUUUGUGUCUUUGAUCAGGUCUUCUGAAGAAGAUCUGAGCAUUUGUUUGGAAUUGUUAAAAAAAAUUUAAAAAAAUGAGUGCUUCCAGGUUCAUAAAGUGUGUCACGGUCGGUGAUGGUGCCGUUGGCAAGACCUGUCUCCUCAUAUCCUACACCAGCAACACUUUCCCUACGGAUUAUGUGCCAACUGUAUUUGACAAUUUCAGUGCAAAUGUGGUCGUCAAUGGGAGUACUGUUAACCUCGGAUUGUGGGAUACUGCUGGACAGGAGGAUUACAAUAGAUUAAGACCAUUGAGUUACCGUGGGGCAGAUGUUUUCAUCCUGGCAUUCUCUCUCAUUAGCAAGGCCAGCUAUGAAAAUGUUUCCAAGAAGUGGAUUCCCGAGUUGAAGCAUUACGCUCCUGGCGUUCCUAUAGUUCUUGUUGGAACAAAACUUGAAUGCAAUGGUGUUCUGGGACCUUUGCUUGUGUUUAAAAAAGUUACCAGCCACCUGCUUGGCUGCAGACCCCACAAAAUCUAACCUAACAAAAAAUUGUUAUUGGUGCCCACCUAUGAAGCACGGGUGCCAGUACGGAUACCGGUACAGGUACGAUAUGGGUAUGCCGAUAUGCUGAAAUGUAAAAAAAUUAAUGUACGGGUACAGCUAGGGUACAUAAAUUUGUUUGUUUGUUUGUUUGUUUGUUUUUUUUUUUAAAUUUAUAACUAAACAUCCCAUCUACAAAUCAAAAUUCAAAAUAAUGACUAAAAAGAGAAAUUACAAAAUCAAAAAUAAAUUAAUAUUCAACAAUACCAAUACAAUACUAAAGUAAAAUCCUAAACCUAAUGAACUCAUAUUCCUAUAACCAAUAAGACAAUAAUUUGUGAAUUUUUUCACGUCAUUCAAGUACAUAAUUUUCAAAUAUUCAAAUAACAAUUUGAAAAUAUCAAUAUUAUGAAAGUAACAAUGAAACAUCAACAUAAUUUUCAAUAUUCCUAUAAACCUACGUUACAUAAACUCUUUGGAAUUUGGAGGUACCCUAUGUCGACACGACAUGACACGGGUGGAGUAUCCACUGCAUACCAAACUUCCCUAUACUGUAUUCGGCUUACCCGGUACGAAUACGCCGUACUCAAUACGCGUACCUGCACCCUGUAAGUACCAGGUACUUGUACGGCAAUAUUUUUGGAGUACCCGUGCUUCAUAGGUGGCCACUUUAUUUUUUUGCGAGAAAAUGAGAUUUUAUUGAUUACUACCAGAAGUGAGGGAAACUUUCUCCUAUAAUUUAUUUUCACAAUGUAUAAUGUUAUGCAUUUCUCUACUUUAAUGUUCUCCUAAUUAAGUAAAGUCCUUUUGCAAUUAUUUGGGUUUAAGGCUUUUGGUACACUAUGCCAUUUUUUUUAUAGACAAUGCUUUAUGUUUAAUUGGACAUUUUCGUUUCUUUUCUGACUAUUCAAUUCACAUUUGUUGCCAUUCCCUCAUCUUUACACCACUAUCUACUUAAACCAUGUGACCCAUUUUGACUUGAAAGAUAUUCCAUAUCUCAUGAACGAAUCAUUUUAACCAGUCUCACAAAUGCCUCGAAAAUUUACUUAUUUCUUUUUCUAUUUCUGUCCCUUUUUAUUUAUUUUGUUCUUUCUUGAUUUGAAUAUGUGAAAGAAAAAAUUUGAUUAAAAAACUUCCAAAUACAAGUCAUGAUUCUCUAAUUGUCCAAAUAAUUUGGGGAAUUCGGAAACAUGCGAAAUUAUUUGUAAUAUUCUUGACAAUUAGAAAAUUUGAGAAUUAUUGAAAUAUGUGGGAUAUAUUUGGGAUUUGUUUGUUUUAUGAAAAUAGCUGGAUGAAAUUAAGAGAUUUUUAAAAUAAAAAUUAAAAAAAGAUUGGAGGAGUUUGUUACUAUGGGUUACAUGGAUACAUUAGUUUAGUUGUAUUAGACCAUCCUCAUCAGUUAAAUUUUUGUAAUAUUUUAGUUUAAAAGUUAUUUUUUUUAUUUUGGCUGAACACAUUUUAAAUACACUUUCCAACAAACUAUAUCCUUUUGCCAUGCUAUUCUAUGAAGUAUGGACACGCCAAAAUGGAAGCUGUGACGGUGUUGGACACAGGGACACGUACAGGACACGGCAUCUAGUGUGUCCCCGUUAUUUAAUUUAUUGUUUUGCCUUCUCUCUCUCCCUCGCGAUCGCUCUAACUUCUGUCUCCCUCUCUCUUGCUUUUGUCUCGCUUCUGGCUCCCUCUCUCUCGCUUCUCUCCCGUCUUUAUCUUCUUGUCUUGA